AUGUUUCCAGCAUCAAACUCCUUCAAAGUGACGGCUGCCUGCACUGUGGCGAUGAUAAUGAUGAUGAUGAUGAUGGUGAUGACAACAGACGCAGCAGCCAUGCCCAAAGGAGCCCACCAUCUGAAGCACUUAAACAAGAAGUCCUCUGACAGUACAGCUGUAGAAAUGGUCGCCUUGCAGCUUGACCCCAACUCCUUUGUUACUACCACAACCAUCAAACCGCUGGCAAACGUCUCCAUCUCCCCGUGGACAUACAACAUCUCCCACGAUGAGUCUGUGUUCCCUCCAGUGUCGGAGGCUCGUUGUUUACUGCAGGGCUGCCUGGACGCCCAUGGUCAGGAGGAUCUGAACCUGCAGUCCAGACCAAUAAUGCAACAGGUCCUGAUGUUGCGCCAGGUCAAGCCAGCAGGGGAGAAGCACAGCUACCACUACAGGUUGGAGACCCGCCUGGUGGCAGUGGGCUGCACCUGCGUCCGACCCAUUGUUCAGCGCCAGCAGUGA